AAUUUCAGAAGGUCUAAAAUCCUACCUAAAUACACAUAAAUAUUGCGUAUGAAUGAACCUUCUGGUUCUCAAAACGUUGUUCACACGAGUUGACAUUUUUCCAGUACUCAUUUAAAAUCAAACACCUCGUCAACAUGCUCUUUACAUUAUAAGAAAUUUUCAGAUUUCUAAAGUAUCAAUCAAUGAUUACAGUGUGAAUCUACCUAAGCGUUCCUAUAAAUUUCCAUGUUUUUCUGAUUUGUUUUUUAGCUACUUAAUUAAUGUACAGUAGUAUAUUCCUGAAUGUCUCCUUAGCCAAUCAUUUUACAGUAGUUAUUGACCAAUCAUCUAUCUUCAUUUCAUAAUAUAUUCCUUAACCUGGGUUGUAACGGUCAGUUGUUACCUUUUCUCUUUGGGAAUGUCAGCUACUGCUAGUAUCACUGCACCGGUUCAAUUAUGUCGAAGGUUGUUUGGUGAACCUGUAUCAUGUAUACGUAUUCAACAAACUUUGGAGACAAUUAUACGUAAAGAUUUAGACCGUUUCCAAAACAAAUGGAACUUUCAACCACCCAAUAUUGUAUUAGAGAACAAAAUUCGGAAACCACUUUCUGUACAUCAAUUACAUAGUGGAAAUUUACAGAAAAAUUCUACAAAUGAAAUCAUUUUAGAACCUGUUCAAUCACCUCCAAGUUUCUAUAUAAAAUCUCCGCGUAAAUUAAAAGCAUUUCGACGUCUUCCAGUGUCAGUAGCGCAAAAAACACGCAUGGAACUCUAUAAAAAGUCUACAAAUAGUGAACUCAAAAAUUUCACUUAUUCAUUUAAUUCAUCAUAUAACUUAUCUAAUACUGAUACUUUAUUAAAUGAUAAUCAAAAAUCUGAAAUGAACUUUCCUUCAACGACAGAGUCAACUAUCUCAAUAACUCUGAAUCAACCACCGCCAACAUCAUCAUCAACACCAUACAAAUUCAGCAACAUAUCACAAGUUACUGAAAAGUUAUCAGAAAUAACAACGACAACAUUACCUGUGAAUCCAAUCAUUAUCCGUUCAGAUAAUAAUCGUAAUAAUAUAAUGUUACCAUCAAGUUCGAAUCCCUCUUCUCAACAUUCAGUUAAGCUGAUAAAACCUGAUCGAUUAAGUUUAAAGAAAUCUGGGCCUAAAGUAACAGAUUAUUUUGCUGUUAAGCGACGACGACAAUCUAUGAAGUAAUUCAUAGUUUUCAGGAAGAAACAAAAACAAUAAAGAAGAUCAAUUCGUUGAAUAAUGAGAAUGCAUCAUAAAAAAUUGGAUAAUAACUUUUUUUUCAAUUAUUUGAUGGAACAAUCAUUAAAUAAUAAAAAAAAACACAAAAAACGACAUUGUUUAACACAACGCAGAUUUAUUUAUUUCUAUCCCCCAUUUCCUCACUUAUUCCCCUUAAAUAUACUCUGUGAAUUAAGUCUCCCUUCCCCUCCUCUUUGUUCUCAAUUAUUCAUCGUUUUUUUUUCUCUCUUAUUCUAACUCUAUUUUAAGUUAUGUUAAACAAUACAGAUUUUAUUAUGUACUAUUAUUAUAAUUAUUAUUAUUGCCAAUAAUAUUAUUAAAAUUAUGUUUAUAAAUUG